AUGGAUCUCCAAAUUAUUUUGGAUGCAUCAUCGUCGAGAAAGGAAUCUGAGCAGUUUGCAAAAUUAGGAAACAACAUUAACUCUAAUUUUAACCAGGUUUUCGAGCACCAACGUGAACUUGCCCUAUCACUCAUCGAACGGCUUCCAAUCUCUGCUGAUGGAGCUCAAGUUGCCGUCGGAAUUAACAGCUUCACAUCUACUGGGUGGCGCUCAAAAGAAGUUGGUUCUGUUCAAUGA